UUUUCUACCUUGUGUCUCAUCACUCACCUGCUCUCUUCCUGCUAUAAGCUGCGUUUGUCCUCCGCUCUAUAGCGAUUCUUCCGUGUACGGUUCCAUUGUCCCGUCCACCGAAAACUCUGCGCCUCCUUUUUCCCCCCUCUUCUCCACCGCCAAAAUGCCAUUCAAGCGAUCUCGAGUCGACAGCUCCGGCAAGUUUAACGUGCCGGAAUCCUCCACCAACUCUUCCUCUCAUAGGACGGUUUCUUCUCCCUCUGCCGCCCCGCCGCCGCCGCCCAACAGCUUUCCGAGGCAAUCGGCGGCGGAAAAGCCCACGGCUCUUGCUCCUCCGGCGGCUCGCCCCAGCGGGAGCAGUCACGUGAGGCUUGGAGAGUUCCUCGAAGAGUGUUUCUUCUGCCGGAGGAAUAUUGCCAGAGAUUGCAACAUCUUCAUGUAUCGAUCAUAUGCAUUUUGCCGUGAGGAAUGCCGGGACCGGCAGAUUUCAAUUGACGACAAAAAGGGGAGCACGCAAGAUCAGGGAAAACCGGAUCAGACGGUGCCGUUAGCGAGGCCGCCAGGCAUGAACAAAGCGGAGGGGGGUCAUGCCAACGCCCUCUGACCGCUCAGAGGGGUCAUGUCUGGCCGGAACGACCGCACAGGGCCCAAUAUAAUAUAUUAUUUUUUUAUACUUUGAUAAUUUUUUUUGAAGUCAUAGAUGG